ACGAUAAUUUGAACUUUAUCUUCUCAAAGCUUCACUCUUCUGUUCAAUCUCAAUAUCUUGAGGAGGGGAGAUGAUGGAGUAAAUGCAAAAAAAGAAAAAAAUGGCAUCUGGAGCUGGUGUAAUGACCCUAGUUCUAUUCAUUCUCUGUCUCGUAUCUCAUGGCUCCUUUGUUGCAGGCAUUAAAGCAGAAUCUUCCCAAGAGAAUGAUAGAAUCAUAAAUCUACCAGGCCAGCCAUCAAGUCCACCCAUCACCCAGUUCUCUGGGUACAUCACAGUGAAUAAAGCUCAUGGGAGGGCCCUCUUCUAUUGGUUCUUUGAAGCUCAAUCUCAACCCUCUAACAGGCCUCUCCUUCUGUGGCUUAAUGGAGGUCCUGGUUGUUCUUCAAUCGGGUAUGGUGCAGCUGUGGAGUUGGGUCCUCUCAGAGUGAGUAAAAAUGGGGAUGGCCUUCACUUCAAUGACUUUGCUUGGAAUAAAGAGGCCAAUUUGCUGUUUGUGGAAUCCCCAGUGGGAGUUGGGUUCUCUUACACUAACACAUCCUCUGAUCUCACCAAGUUGACUGAUGGAUUUGUGGCUGAGGAUGCCUACAAUUUCUUGGUGAAUUGGCUGAAAAGAUUUCCACAGUACAAAGCCCAUGAUUUCUUCAUCUCAGGAGAGAGCUAUGCAGGUCACUAUGUGCCUCAGCUGGCAGAGCUUGUGUAUGACCGCAACAAAGAUAGAACUAAAUAUCCUCUAAUUAAUCUCAAAGGUUUCAUAGUGGGAAAUCCAGAAACAAAUGACUACUACGACUAUAAGGGUUUGUUGGAAUAUGCAUGGAGCCAUGCUGUAAUAUCAGACCAGCUCUACUACAAAUCCAAACAAGUCUGUGAUUUCAAGGUGGCCGACUGGUCUUCUGAAUGCAUCACCAACAUGAAUAAAGUCUUUGAUGAUUACAGAGAGAUUGACAUUUACAACAUCUAUGCUCCAUCCUGUCUCCUCAACACCACUUCUUCCUCAGCUGAGUUGAAUGGUAAUGGGUUUAGGAGAAUGAGAGUCCCUGGAGGCUACGACCCUUGUUUUUCUAUCUACGCAGCAGAGUAUUUCAACAGGCCUGAUGUGAAGCUUGCCCUCCAUGCCGCCACCCAUACAAAAUGGGAGGUUUGCAGUGAUUCUGUCUUCCACGCAUAUCAUUAUACUGUUUUUUCUGUUCUACCAAUCUACACCAAGCUCAUCAAAGCUGGCCUCAGAAUUUGGGUUUACAGUGGAGACACAGAUGGCAGAGUGCCAGCGAUAGGUACCAGGUACUGCGUUGAAGCUCUUGGCCUUCCUCUCAAGGCCCCUUGGCGUUCUUGGUACCACCACCAUCAGGUGGGAGGGAGGAUAGUGGAAUAUGAAGGAUUGACAUAUUUGACAGUGAGAGGAGCAGGGCACUUGGUACCUCUCAACAAGCCCAGCCAAGCUUUUGCUCUCAUUCAUUCUUUCUUGACUGCCAUUCAACUCCCCACUCGUAAAUGAUUCAUAUAUCAUCCAUCAUCAUCUUCUUUCUAUUUGUCUGUCUCCAUGUGUGGUGCCAGCAAUGGCUUUAUUGGAAUUUUUAUUUUCUCAUCCCUAAAUAAAUGGUGUUUCUUA